GCACCACUCAGUUGCCGCUCAGCCACCAAAGACGGUGGACGUUUCCGAUUGUCUGUGACGACGUGUUUGCGCGCGCGUUUAUUUGUCUCUUCUUCGUCUUGUCUCCGAGAUCGUAGUAAAUUAGAUUUUUUACGAGGCAUCUUCCUCUUUAUUAACGUCGAUAUCGUAGCAGCGUCAUCAUUUUUUUCUAAAUCAGAAAUUAUAAAAAAUAGCAACAAUUUGCAGUGAAAUAUAAAUACAAACACCCACCCAAACACACACAACAUUCUGUUGCCAAAAAUCCACGAAAAAAAUCAAAGAAACGUAAAAUAAAUAUUUAAAAAAUGACAACAUCCACCAUUAAACGGAGACGUUCUCCCUCGGCCGCCCAUAGCCCACCAAACGAUGAGAACAGCGAUACGGUGGCAACACCUGUCACCGGCGGCGGUGCUGUGAUUGCCAAAACAGAUUCCGAAGAAUCUGAAUCUCUGGACUGGACGGGAAACAAUUACAUAAAUCCUUUCAUACAUCGUUUGAAUAUUGAAAAUCGCGCCGAUUUAGCCAAGAUUUACAUUCUCACCGCCCUCCUAGUGCCCCUGCGUGUGGUGGGCUGUGUACUCUCAUUGGUCUCAGCCUGGAUGUUUGCCUGCAUUGGUUUGUAUGGCACCACAGUCGAGGAAAUCAACAAACGUCCGCUUUCGGGUUGGCGCAAAAAUGUCCAAUCUUUGGUGGCCUCAGCUAUGCGCAUGCUUUAUGCCGCCGGCUCAUUUCACUAUGUCACAUUCAAAGGUCAAAGAGCUUCACCCAAGGAGGCUCCAAUUUUGGUAGUGGCACCACAUUCAUCAUAUGUCGAUUCCAUUGUUGUGGUCACCACAGGACCGCCAGCGAUUGUGGCAAAGCGUGAAACAGCAGAUAUUCCAUUACUGGGCAAAAUCAUCAAUUAUGCCCAACCAAUUUAUGUGCAACGUGAAGAUCCCAACUCGCGUCAGAAUACCAUUCGCGAGAUUGUCGAACGUGCACGUUCCGGUGAAGAUUGGCCACAGGUAGUGAUCUUUGCCGAAGGUACUUGCACUAAUCGCAAGGCUUUGAUUAAAUUUAAGGGUGGUGCUUUCUAUCCCGGAGUGCCCGUACAACCUGUCCUACUAAGAUAUCCCAAUAAGUAUGACACAUUCACCUGGACCUGGGAUGGACCUGGAGUACUGAAACUUCUAUGGCUGACCAUGGCAAAUUUUUAUAGUCGCUGUGAAAUGGAAUUUUUACCCGUCUAUCAUCCAUCGGAGGAAGAAAAGGCCGAUCCCAAUUUGUAUGCCAAAAAUGUGCGAGAAGUUAUGGCCAAAGCCUUGGGUGUACCCACCUCAGAAUAUUCAUUUGAAGAUGUCAUUGUCAUGACCAGGGCCCGUGAUUUGAAAAUUCCCUUGUCAGGUGAUAUUGUGGAAAUUGAAAGAUGUUUAGACAAAUUAAAUCUUAUUAGUGCCACCCCAAUUGUGGAAUUAACCACGAAAUUCUCAAGCAUACCCAAUCGUGAUAAACUAGAUUUCUUGACAUUCUCAGAGCUACUAGAAGUUAAUAUUAAGAAUCCACAUUUACAUCGUUUGUUCUCAGUAUUGGAUUAUCGUCAUGUGGGCACAGUUAGCCUAAAGAAUUUAUUGUUGUGUGCCCAUUUUUGCAAGCUGAGUAAUUCAGAAACCAUUGAGUAUUUAAAAGCUAUAACGAAUAUUUACACCGAAGAACGUGGUCAAAUCACACGACAAGAAUUCACCAAAAUUCUCAAACAUGCCAAUCUCAGUAAAUUAACCACAGAGAAAGUGGAUGCUCUCUAUGUGGCAAUUGAUGUUACAAACCGGGGAAAAAUAACAUUCGAUGAUUUUGAUAAAUACGCUCGUGACAAAGCUGAAUACAAGUCACUGUACAAAAAACACGAUCACAUUCGGAGGAAAUUGACGAGUAAAUAAAUGACCGCAACAAUCAAAGGAAAUGCUUGUUAAAGGAAAUACUUGAAAUUUGUAAUGCUGGCACACCGCAAAACUUGACGACGAUAUCUGGCCUUCGUUAGGUUUUAGUAUUUCUUUAAUAAAACAAGAAAAUAUAUAAAACAUAUAAAUUAUAAGAUAUUUCAUACAAAAUUUUCAAAAAACAUGACGAAAACACAAAACAUUUUUUCAAAAAGAAUAUGAAAACAUAAAUCAAAAUACAAAAUGCUCUUCACAAAAUACAGGAAUGGAUUUAAAAAUAAAUAAUUUUUUUUGUUUAAAUUUAAAUAUGGAUUAUAAUUGUAAUUUUUUUGAAAAAAAAAAAAAUUAUAGACAAAUGUCAAUUGAGAAAAUAUAUUGGGUUGUAAACAAACUAUGACAUUGGAGAGUGUUUCCGGCGCUUUAUUAAAUUUAAAUCAAUUAUAAUAUAGUAUUUUAAUGCGUUAAAACAUAAAUCAUUUUAUCUUUAUAAUAAAACAAAACUAAAAUUAGCUUUUAAAUGGCUUUGUAUUCUUUUACUUCAUUGUGAUUUAAAUAAUGCCCAUUAUAUAAAUUAGAAAAAAAACAAAGAGAUUUGUUUUUUUUUUUAUUAUUUCUAGAUAUUAAAUUAUUUUAGAAAGUAAAGUCCCUUUAUAUGAAUAUAAUCUCAAAACCAAAUGCCAAUGGGCAUUCCAAAAAAAUAAAGAACAUUAAGAAAAUACCAAUUUUUUUCAUGACAUUUAAGUCAUUCAUUAAAUGAAAAUUUAAAAUAAAAAAAUACUUUAUUAUUGCCUUGAUAUUAAAAAAAAAAAUAUAUAUAUAUAAAGAAUUUAUGUUUUGUUAAAAUAAUUUUGUUUUUGGUCAUGUUUUCUAUUUUUUUAUUAUUAAACUUUAACACCUCAUAAAUGAUUGUUCCUAAGUUAUUACAUCUCUGCAAUUGAAAAAAAAAUAAUUCUCAAUAAUUUGUUUGAAUUUCUUUCAAAAACAAACCCCCUCCAACUUUGCUUUCUUUUGUACUUAAAUUGAAUACUCCAAUUACAAUGAAACAAUCGUUUAAUAUAUAUACCCACUCAAAUAUAUAUAUGCCUUCCUUAUGCAUUAGUGAGCACUUAAAACUUUCCAUCUUGAAAUAAUUGAAAGUAUAAAGAAAGUAC